AUAUCUGUUCUUAAUAUAAUUUUUGCUUAUAUUCUGAUUGAUUUCAAAAGUCUGCUUUCGAUCUUUUCCUUCUCUGAGUACUGCUUAUUUCUCAGUAGAUUCAUUCAUGCUUUCAUGGCAACCCAGAUGUUGAAUGAAUUUCCUUCCGUUCUGGAUUGUGGGGGGAUUAAAAAUGGCUGCUGGAGUAGUUCAGAAGUUCUUUAUUACAUCAAUGUUCAUGUGGGUAGCUCCUCUUGCAAUUCUAUAUGGUUUUAACCAUAAUUUAUUUCCCGGUUUAUCAAAUUUAUCUCCCCAUGCUAUGACGCUGUUGAGUGGAUUCGUUGCUGUAAUAUCAGUCAAUAUAGUCAUUGCAUUCUACAUUUGUAUGGCAAUGAAGGAACCUUCGGAUAAGCAUGAGCCAGAUCCAAAAUUUCUUGCUGAUGCCAAAGCUAGUGUAAGCCAGCCAACAGGUGAAGCUACCACCUCUUCACAAUCCCUAAAGAAACAAGAAUAGAAUAGCUGAAGCCCAGGACAAGUAACCAUAGUGGAGAGAAUAUAACAAUGGGGUCUGUGCUCACUGCUGUUGAGGCAGAAGUUGAUUUCUUUCUAUAUUUUGUUGUAUAUUUAGACUCUUUGCUUUUGCUUUUGAUUCCAAUCUCAUGAUUUCUUUUAUUGUUAGCUUGUUUUGACCUGCACUUACUGAACUUAUACUAAUUAUUCAAGCUGUCAGCCCAAGCUUUUUCCAGUGUGUGGUGCUGAUGUCAUAAUCCCACAGUGGAUGUUGCAUUUAA